AUCAACAUUCCUCUGUAUCAAGGACUUUUCUUUAGGGAGGAUAAAGGGAAAAUACCCAAAAAUGUAACAAUCAAAUCUGUUGUCCUGGCUCUCUCUGUUUGUUCCUGUUUUACAUUCAUAUGAAAAUGGGGUCGGCUGCAGUUGUCCUUGCCUUGAUUCUGGCACUUCUGCCUAAUGUGAAACCUGUGUUGGCAAUUAGAAUAUUUAUGCAAAGUGAAGAGUGUCUCUCCUAUGAUGUUAAAUACAUAGGGGAUACACUUCUGGUGUCCUUUGUUGUUGUUAAGUAUGAAUCCAGUUGGCAAAAAGAUCAGCAGGUUGUUGAUCUUGUGGUUAAGGGACCUUCCGGGGAGCAGAUUAUUGAUUUUCGCGACAGAGUAAGUGAGAAAUUUGAGUUUGUGAGUCAUGAAAAAGGACUCCACCGUUUCUGCUUCUUCAAUAAAUCUCCUUACUAUGAAACCAUCGAUUUUGAAGUGCAAGAAAACCAUUUUACAGUCUAUGAUGAGCAUGCAAAAGAUGAGCAUUUCAACCCUUUGUUAGAACAAAUAUCCAAGUUAGAAUCUGCUAUUCAUAACAUCCAUUUUGAACAACAUUGGCUCAUUGUGGAGAAUGAACGUCAGAGAAUAGUAACUCAAGCAAUGAGUAAGAGGGCAGUUCACAAGGCAUUUUUUGAAUCUGCAGCACUCAUAGGAGCUUGCAUUCUACAAGUUUACCUUCUUCGGCGCCUGUUUAACCGAAAGCUAAGAAUGUCUCGAGUUUAGCUUAGCAUUGCCAUUGAAGUUCAUCUUAUAGAUUUUUGCGGACUCAUUAUGGGCUUCUAAUAUACAUUAAUAGAAACCACAAAUCAAGUUAUAUUUGGUCUUUUCUCUGGUAUAACUUUUAGAUCAGCAAUGCAUAUAGGUCUAGAUCAAUAAAAUGCGUCAAUAAUU